CAGGGAACUGAAAUCCUGCAAGUCAUGUGGCAUGGCACAAAAAAAUAAAGGAACUGUGGUUAACCCCCAGUGGUGAUUGUGAAAGGGCCUGAAUUAGUGGGAAGAAAAGGAAGGGGGUGUACAUCUGGGGUGAUUAGGAAAGGCUUCAGGGAAGAUGGGGCAUUUGACCUGUUAAUUUGGAGACAGAGAAAGACAUUCCAGGCAGGGGAAUAGCAUGGGCACAGACAUGGAGGCCGGAGAGAGGAUGCAGGGCUCCCGGAACCCUAAGUUGUUUGGUAUUAUAGAAGCCUCUUUGAGCAGGAGGAGGUGGUGUGCUGGAGAGGUGAGCACAUACAAGCCCCUGAGGACCUCAGAAACAGAGACUUCUUCCUGGAGGUUUCAGUGUUCCAAUGUGUUUUCCCCAAACACCAGACCAUAGAACUCUCAGCUCCUGAAGAGGGUUUCUGUACCCUCAUGUGGAGACUUCCACCAACAUAUGCUAGUUUUAUAAAGGCUCUGCUAAAAUGAAUAGUAACUUCCUGUGAGUCUGCAGGGCACCCAGGCAAUGCUCCAAGCAUACAGCAGGCAUCACUGAAUUUGACCUGAAUUUGAUCACAACCCUAUAAACUAUGUAAUGUUUUAUUAUUCCUAUUUUAUAAAGAGGUAAAGAAAUUUUAUAGGAGGUUAAGGUCACACAGCUAGUAAGUGGUAGAGUUAAGAUAUGAACUUGGAUAGUCUGAUUUUGAGCUUCCUGGAGUAAAGAACUAGCUUAACUUUGUUUCAUCCAAAUUAUAGUUUUUGCACAUCUAGUAACAUUGCAAGGCAAUUGAUUCUGUGGACAAUGGGGAGCUUUUAAAGGGUUCUUAUCCAGGAGCCUUUCUAUUUGAUUUGUAAAUAUCCUUAGUAUGCUUGUUAUCAGUCACUUAUACUUUGUGUGAAUUAGUCCUUUCCUGCGCUCUAAGCUGCUUUAGUCGUAUCUGACUCUUUGCAACCCUAUGGGCUGUAGCCCGCCAGGCUCCCCUGUAUAUGGGGUUUCCCAGGCAAGAAUACUGGAGUGGGUUGCCAUUUCCUCCUCGAGGGGAUCUUCCCCACCCAGAGAUCAAAGCCAAGUCUCUUACGUUUCCUGCGUUGGCAGGCAGAUUCUUUACCACUAGUGCCACCUAAGAAGUCCUUUCCUACAGCACCUCAAUAUUCUUAUAAGCUCCCUGAGAGCAAGUAUUGUAUCAACUCAUUGCUAUGUCUCCAGUACCCAGGAGGGAUGACAUGAGAGGGUGCGAUAAGAAUACUUGCUUGGGUCUUCCCUGGUGGCCCAGUGGAUAAGAAUCUACCUGCCAGUGCAGGAGAAAUUGGUUCAAUCCCUGAUCUGAGAAGAUUUCACAUGCUGAGGGCAGCUAAGCACAUGUGCCACAACUACUGAGCCUGCACACCCUAGAGCCUGUGCUCUGCAACAGCAGAAGCCAUCACAAUGGGAAACCCUCUCACUGCAAUGAAGAGUAGCCCCCACAACUAGAGAAAGCCUGUGCAGAAGCAACAAAGACCCAGCUCAGCCAAAAAUAAAAAAAAUAUGUGUGUAAAUUAAUUAACUAAAAAAAAAAGAAUAUUUGCUUAAAUGAGUUGUAACUUCCCCUGUUGAAGACAGUGGAAGCAAUGGAAAGGAAGGCCUGGAGCCUGGGAGGUGGUUGUGUCAGAGUGUGAGGGACAGGAGAUAGGAAGAGUUGUGGGGGCACCGUGGGAAUCUAGAGUCUUGAAGCCAAAACGGAAAGCAAGACUCACCUACUUCAUGGUUAAAGGCCAGGGCUGCACAUCAACCAGCCUAGACAGCAUAUUAAGAAGUAGAGACAUUACUUUGCCAACAAAGGUCCAUCUAGUCAAAGCCAUGGUUUUUCCAGUAGUCAUGUAUGGAUGUGAGUGUUGGACUAUAAAAGAAAGCUGAGUGCCGACGUAUAGAUGCUUUUGAACUGUGAUUCAAAGACUUUUGAGAAUCCCUUGAACUGCAAGGAGAUCAAACCUGUCCAUCCUAAAGGAAAUCAGACCUGAAUAUUCAUUGGAAGGACUGAUGCUGAAGCUGAAACUCCAAUACUUUGGCCACCUGAUAUGAAGAACUGACUCAUUUGAGAAGAGCCUGAUGCUGGGAAAGAUUGAAGGCAGGAGGAGAAGGGGAUGACAGAGGAUGAGAUGGUUGGAUGGCAUCACCGACUCGAUGGACAUGAAUCUGAGUAAGCUCUGGGAGUUGGUGAUGGGUAGGGAAGCCUGGCGUGCUGCAGUCCAUGGGCUCGCAAAGAGUCGUACACGACCCAGUGACUGAAUUGAACUGAACUGCACACUGAUUGAAAUGCAAAUCCAAAUAUCUACUCAGAAUGUUUUCUCUUCUAGGCAGCAACUACAUCACCUGGUCAAUUGGAAAAUGAGGCAUUUGUUGGAGCUGAAGGUGUUAUCAGUAGAUUCUUGGUUUUAAGAGUAGGAGUUGGAGGGAAAAAAAAUACUCUCAGAUCUGUAUCCACACCCAUACUCCUAAAGUUACUGGAAAAGAGCAAUAUAUUUGGAAAGAAAAGAAAGUGAAAGUCACUCAGUCAUGUCUCUUUGUGACCCCAUGGACUGUAGCCUGCCAGGCUCCUCUGUCCAUGAAAUUCUUCAAGCCAGAAUACUGGACUGAGUAGCUGUUCCCUUCUCCAGGGGAGCUUCCCAACCCAGGAAUCGAACCCAGGUCUCCCACAUUCCAAGCGGAUUACUUUACUGACUGAGCUACCAGGGAAGAGAUUUGAGAGGGAUCCUUAGAAAGCACUUAGGCUGUUUCUCUCAUUCUUUGGAAGACAAGACUGAGGUCCAGAGAGGGCAAGGUCACAGAGCUGGUUGAGACUGGAGGGUCUCCUCCCUGUGGGAUUCUGCCCAAAGCUUCAGGGCCUGCACCACUGUGCCCUCCUCCAAGACCCCCGGCAGUUCCUUGGCCCUGUCACCUUUUCAGGGGAGGCAAACUUGGGCACACACCACCCGCCACAGACCCACAGACCCAAGCUCUCUGCUGUCACCUGACUGCCCUAAUGAGAUUACAGUCUCCUAGUGAAAUAGAGCAUUAAUUCCCUCUGGCUUUAAAGGGCAGGCCAGGCCACAAGAAAUAGCAAAAAAAAAAAAAAAAAAAACCCAUAAAACCAAUAAACAAACAAACCCCCCUCAAAACAAACAAACAAAAACCACCUUUAGCUCUAAUGCUGAAUACAGAUGAUAAUCCUAAUAACCUCUCCCUACCAGGCACGUUACAGCUCACCCCUGCUUUCAUGAAUGUGUUCUGAGUAGAAUGUUGCACCAGCCCUAAGGAAGUACAUGGUGAUUAUUAUGUCCGUUUUGUUGGGGAAACUGAGGCCCUGUGUGAUUAAAUGGCUGUUCUGGAUCACAUGGCUAGCAAGUGGCAGAGCUGGGACUUGAAUGUAAAUCCCUUGGACAUUGUCAUCUCUAAAAACAAUAAGCCCUGAGACCCUCCAGGGUUCCCAGCUUCAGGCUUAAAGCACCCUGAAGGACAAUGGCUAGCAGAGCCUCAGGUCCACUGGACUCAAACCCUACAUUCCUGGGCUUCCCUGGUGGUUCAGUGGUUAAGAAUCCACUUGCCAAUACAGGGAACAUGAGUUUGAUCCCUGGUCCAGGCAGAUCCCACAUGCCACAGGGCAACUAAGCCUAUACACCACAACUACUGAAGUCCAUGCUCUAGAGACUGUGCUCCGAAGCAAGAAAAGCCACUACAGUGGGAAGCCUUACACCACAACUAGAAAGUAGCCUCCACUUGCAGCAACUAGAGAAAGCCCAUGCAUGACAAUGCAGACCCAGUGCAACCCCCCAAAAUUAAUUAUUUUUUUUAAAAAAUUUACAAAAAAAUCCUACAUUCCCUACAAUACUGGGAAGGACCAGUGAACCCAUCCACCUGUUCAUGUGGUGGAAACCAAACCAACAAAUUCCACUCUGCCAUUUGCUAGCUCUAGGCCUGUGGCCAAGGGACUCUGGCUCCCUGGGGUCUCAGUCUCCCUUUCAGUAAAAUGAAGGUUGGAACCCAAGGCUGUUGGGAUGAUUCCCGAUGGUUCACACAGAUAACACAACUUGAACAGGCCUGCCACAUGGCAUGCUUGCUUUUGCCCCACCUCUCUUUGCUCCAUCUGUAAAAUGAUGCUAACAGUACUUACUUCUUGAGAUCGGUGUUAGGAUUAAAUGUGGUAAUACAAGUAACAACAAGUGGUGUACAAUGAAUGCUUAAUGUUGGUGAUUGUUAGCUCUGCCAGGUAGCUAUUAUUAUUAGUUUAUUAUUGCUUAUUACUGCUACUUAUUGUCUUGCCUUCAGUUCUUUCUGGAAUGAAGCGGAGGUAAAAGUCAAACCAACCAAACGUUCCUCUGGUUCCUCCCACCAGCUCCUGGUCCUCUCCCCUCUUUAAGAGGAGUACUUGGCUCUGAAGUCUGAACCCCCAACCACGUGGCCUGCUCUAAUUUCCCAGGCUCUAAUCUGCUCCUAGCUCCUAAUGAUGCAGCUGGUAAUAGGAUUGUGGCUUCCCUCUGGGGCAGCCACACAGGCCAUGGCUGUGCGGCUGGCGACUGGCGCUUAGCAACCCCAACCACCUGCCUGUUGAGGAGCAAGAGCCAGGACCCUGUGACCGGGCUGGCCUCCCGUGCAUGGAAUGGUGCUGUGCCCCGGGCCAGCAGGCUGGGCUCGCCAUGGUGCUGGGUGCCAUCCUGGCACGUGGGAGGGAUGUGUGCAAGCGGAAUGGACUACUCAUCCUGUCUGUGCUCUCUGUCACCGUGGGCUGCCUCCUUGGCUUCUUCCUGAGGACCCGGCGCCUCUCACCCCAGGAAAUUAGUUACUUCCAGUUUCCGGGAGAGCUCUUGAUGAGGAUGUUGAAGAUGCUGAUCCUCCCACUGGUAGUCUCCAGCUUGAUGUCCGGCCUCGCCUCCCUGGAUGCCAAGACCUCCAGCCGCCUGGGCAUCCUCACCGUGGCGUACUACCUGUGGACCACCUUCGUGGCGGUCAUCGUGGGCAUCAUCAUGGUCUCCAUCAUCCAUCCGGGUGGCGCAGCCCAGAAGGAGACAACUGAGCAGAGUGGGAAGCCCAUCAUGAGCUCAGCCGACCCCCUGCUGGACCUCAUUCGGAACAUGUUCCCAGCCAACCUGGUGGAAGCCACAUUCAAACAGUAUCGCACCAAGACCACCCCCGUUGUCAAGUCCCCCAAGGUGGCAUCAGAGGAGGCCCCUUCUCGGCGGAUCCUCAUCUAUGGGGUCCAGGAGGAGAACGGCUCUCAUGUGCAGAACUUCGCCCUGGACCUGACACCCCCACCAGAGGUCGUUUACAAGUCAGAGCCUGGCACCAGCGAUGGCAUGAACGUGCUGGGCAUCGUCAUCUUCUCUGCCACCAUGGGCAUCAUGCUGGGCCGCAUGGGUGACAGUGGGGCCCCGCUGGUCAGCUUCUGCCAGUGCCUCAACGAGUCCGUCAUGAAGAUCGUGGCCGUGGCUGUGUGGUACUUCCCCUUUGGCAUCGUGUUCCUCAUCGCUGGCAAGAUCCUGGAGAUGGACAACCCCACGACCGUAGGAAAGAAGCUGGGCUUCUAUGCAGUCACCGUGGUGUGUGGGCUGGUGGUCCAUGGCCUCUUCAUCCUGCCCCUGCUCUACUUCUUCAUCACCAAAAAGAACCCCAUCGUCUUCAUCCGCGGCAUCCUCCAGGCCCUGCUCAUCGCACUGGCCACCUCCUCCAGCUCAGCCACACUGCCCAUCACCUUUAAGUGCCUGCUGGAGAACAACCACAUCGACCGGCGCAUUGCCCGCUUUGUGCUGCCCGUGGGCGCCACCAUCAACAUGGACGGCACCGCACUCUACGAGGCCGUGGCUGCCAUCUUCAUCGCCCAGGUCAACAACUAUGAGCUGGACUUCGGCCAGAUCAUCACCAUCAGCAUCACGGCCACUGCAGCCAGCAUCGGGGCAGCCGGCAUCCCCCAGGCCGGGCUCGUCACCAUGGUCAUCGUGCUCACCUCCGUGGGGCUUCCCACCGAUGACAUCACCCUCAUCAUCGCUGUCGACUGGGCUCUGGACCGUUUCCGCACCAUGAUUAAUGUGCUGGGUGAUGCACUGGCUGCCGGGAUCAUGGCUCACGUCUGCCGGAAAGACUUCGCUCAGGACACGGGCACCGAGAAACUGCUGCCCUGUGAGACCAAGCCUGUCAGCCUCCAGGAGAUCGUGGCGACCCAGCAGAAUGGCUGUGUGAAGAGCGUGGCUGAGGCCGCAGAGCUGACCCUCGGCCCCUCCUGUCCCCACCACGUCCCUGUCCAGGUGGAGCAGGAUGAGGAACCAGCCACUGCCAGUCUGGACCACUGCACCAUUGAGAUCAGUGAGCUCGAGACCAACGUCUGA